AGCAUUGACCGCCGGGGUACCAGUGUAGUCAUGCUUCAAUGGUCCAGCCUUGGUAGAUCCCAUCAUGUCACUGGCGGAGAAGAACUGGAAAUGAACUUGAAUUUCAAGGAUAAAUAGCAAGUUAUCGACACCUCAUCAGUUGUUCAAUUUUUGUGUUGACGAGAGGAUUUAGAUGGUGGCUUGUUCGUAUUCAUCAUGGAUGUCGAUCAUGGAUUCCAUGUCAUAAUGGAGACACAUAGAUCAGGUGGUCUCAAGAGAUCACGUGACGAGCAGAUGGGACCAGGAGCAAAAGAACGCCGAACACGUACUAUAUUCAACUCUGCUCAGAUAGAGGCUUUAGAACGUAUUUUCAUGGAUGUUGAAUACCCUGAUGGUGAUUUGAAAGCUAAGUUAGCACAUCGUCUUGAGGUCGAUGAGAGUACUGUACAGAUUUGGUUUCAAAAUCGAAGGGCAAAAAAGAAGAGACUGCAAAGAGGAGUUCCAGGGCUCAAUUCCCAAGGGACAUACCGUCCCCAUCAUGGCGUGUCCAAUCUCGGACAUCUACUACCUAUUUCCGAUCGACAAAACUAUAUGUGGAGCACCGCAGAGGGCGUUGCCCCCUACCCAUCAGCAAUUCAUCCAGUCACAAGAUCAAGCCAGUGCUAUUCUGUUCACGGUACUGAGAUGGGAAAUCAAAAUCUUCCGAUUACCUGGACCGACAAGACGAAUUUCAGCAACAUAGAACAUGACCCCAGAUACUCUCUUCAAUCGCAAGAAUCACAUGUCGCUUCCAUCAAAGAAAACAGUUCUUCAGCAGACCCUAUCGUGAGUUCAUCUAGUCUUCCAACACCCACGAGUCCUGUCAAAUCACCAGCUGGCUCCGAAGGGGGAACCAUUGACCAAAUCAGAAAGUGGCCCGUCAAAGAAACUCCAAGUUCAAGAAGUGCCUUUGGAAAAUUAGACUUUCCCAGACUUCCACGUGUAUGCAUCAGGCAUGACACGGUUCAGAUGAGAAGUUCUCCUAAUGGCGUUUUUGGAGCAUCUUCACCUGUGACCUCUAAAGUUGGUAAAAGGGACAUCGUGAAGUUGCGCAUGAACGUUUUGAAGAAGGAUCCACCGAAAUCGCCACCUCCAAACCAGACGUGUGCUGCUAUUCCCCGCUCUCAACGGAAUGAACUCGAAUUGGCUCUCGUGAAACAUGGGUUGGUAGAGGAAACGAGCCCAAAUGGACCAAGUGGGUCUAUUUCUGGCCAUCGUGGAGGAUACAUAUCUGAGGACUGGUCGUCGAGUUCUGAAGAAUCUUCCGACUCUGAAGGAUUAGCACCCCCUCGCCGGAGAAGAAAAGUAUUUCGUAAUAUACAGAAACCACCACCGAAUGCAAGCUGUGCUUCUGUCCCUCUUCACGAUCGCACGCUUCCUUACUUAAGCAAGAUACCUCAGUAUAGUUCUGAACAAGUUCCGAAAGGUCAAGCAGUUGGAACUUCAACUAAUUCGUCGAGUUCAAUGCCGCUCCAAUCAUUUGAUCAAUCAGUACAUAAUGAAAACUUAUCCGAUUGGGAUACUGAUAGCGACGAUUCCACAUGGGCAUACUUUGACCAAGGACCAAAGAAAGAAACAGACAAAUUAAAAGCCAGUCAAAAGUCACCUCAUGAUGCUAAGACUGGGCAGUUAGGAACUCAAAGUGCACCACCUGCCCUUGUGCCUGAAGAAGGUUCCGACGUUAAUUCCAUGAGCGCUAAUAAACACAACGAAAGUGCAGGAAAUGUUGCGGAUUGUAAUGAUGAUGACUUUUCAGAGAUUUUACUAGCCCGAGAGUUCGCAGAAAUGUUGCCAUCACCUCUAGGAACUUACUUGCCGAUAUACCACGAGGAACCCUCUCUAAGCAGUAAGGGAUGUGAGCCAUACAGACGUCCUCGUAUUCUAAGUGACUCGGCUCUGGUAACGCCACGUCUUAGUGAUAACCGGCCUCAGCCCCCACUAGACACCAAUCCAAGGACCUCUCCCGUCUCAACUCGGUCUUCGGACUCUUCUCUCAGUGGACUUUCUCUCUUCAACAUCCCAGUGUCUCCAAGUGAGUUGGUGAAGCACCUUACAGACGAUGUUGUGGGGACAGACCAGAGCACAGUCUUGGAAAUCCCUACUAGUUCCUGCACCACAGAAUCGAGGAGGCACCUUCCUGAAACGUUGCCCAAAGACAUUCACGAUGAAGGUAUGGUUCAAAACUUCCAACAGCCAAUGGCUAAUGAUGACAUCCGUGACCAAUUAGAAGAGCAAAAUCAGACAGGGUCCUUCUUUAUGAAUGAUUCUGCAGGAAACCACAGUGAAGCACACUUGCGGACGUCAGAGUGCAAUACCGUUGGCGGAGGAAAACUGCAAGAACCAAAUAGUAGAAUCAACAUACCAAGUCAAGGUAUCAUCAGACCGAUUCCAACCCGUCCACAUCAAGUUCCCACACCAACAUCUGAUCUGUUGGUACAUGAUAGCGUAUCCGGUACCCACAGGAACAAUAUGAUGCAUUACCAAAAUAGUUCAUCCAAUCAAGAGGCAAAUCUUCAGCAGGGUGCCGCCUAUGGCCAACUUCAGGCACACGGACAUCCUUAUCAGAUACAUUCAGGUCCGGGCUUCCAGGACCAUGUCCAACCUUGUCCUGGACACUUCAGAGUAAAUGACCAACCUCAAGGCGUAGUUCAUCACCAGCCCUCUUCUAUGUCGACAUCACAAUAUCCAUCACGAUUUCCAGGUGAUGCUUAUAAAGCACGCUUUCCUCGACAUUCGGCAGGCGCCCCUCCCAAAAAUGUAUCCCUCCCCAUUAUGCCUCCUCAGCGGUCUGUUCCGUCUGACAAUAACCUUCCUCCAAAUCAGGUAUGUACGGUAAUACCUGAUGCGGUGUCGUCUCAAGGACUCAUGGCACGUUAUCUGGCUUGGACACAAGGAAGAUCUCUUCAUGCCUAACGAUAAAUACUUACUGAUCAAUCGUCAUCACAUCUUUUAUAGAUAAGUCGAUACCAUUUUAGACUGAAGACAAUCCAGAAGAGGCAGUGAUGGCAAUAUGUUUGCCUUACCCCUAUCAGUAAAACUACACCCUGCUUUGCGAACCAUUAAUGUAUUCGUUAUUUAUGUAUUUCAGUUUACCAGGGUAGCCCCUUCGGUUACGUAAAAUGAUUUACAAGAGGGCACUUGACAACGAUCAACAUGUUAAGACUUUCCAACCAUGUUAAAACUUUCUAAAUUUCGUCCACACCAAAAUUUCAGGACAUGGCCAUCUCUCUGUGUCAUAUCUGCAUAACUGCGUCAAAAUGUUAUGGGGGGGGGGGGUUCUUGCUCAAGCGUUCUUCCAUUUGACGGAUAUACAUGUACUUGAUAUGAAUGUAUUCACUUAGUAAGAUGGAUUUUGGUAGGAGGACUGUUUUUUUUCUUGUAUUUAUGUUUCGUAGAAGAAUUUUCUGUUGUAUCUUGUCUAAGUGAACUUAUUAUGAUUUUAUUUCUUGUGGAUUAUCAUUCUCGUGUUAAAAGAUCAAACCUUUUCCUGAAACAAUUGUGACCGACAAUCUUUUCCUUGUAAUCAUCGAAGCAAAAAAAAAGAAAAAUACAUUGAUUUAUCAUCAAUACGACAAAGAUUUUUUAGUUUGUUAUACUAGUUUGAAAAGAUCAAACCCUAUUUCUGAAAUGAACAGUUUUCUCCAGGUAACAAUCGAAACAACAUAUUUACUUCAAUCUCUCACAGAGUUUCCCAAUGAAAAAUCAAUGAUGGUUCCUUGAACUUUUUAAAAAUAAUUUCUUUAUAAUUGUUUCCAUGAAGGAAUCUUAUCUCGACAAUUGCACUACAGCGUGAUACAGAUUUGAGACUUGGCAGUUGC